AUGCUCUCAGAAAAAAAGCUCCUCCGCGGGAGUCUGAAGCCACUACUGGAACUACGACUUCAGCAACAUCAGCCAGCGUCUCUAAAGCUCCGAGUGUAGCGAAGCAGAAGGAGUCGAAAAUUGUGAACAAAAAUGAUGCUUCCUUCUUCAAGAAGAAUGGUCCAGAUGAGAAAAUUAACCGAGGUGAUGGUGUUAGAAGUCCAGGAAGUUCAAAUCAUCAAGGAUGAACCACUCAAAUCUUCAUGACUUGGGAAAUGCUGUAUGAAUCGAUUCUAUUUGGAGCAACAAUUAUGACGACGUCGGUGAUUUUAACGGUUUUAUGCUCCAAAAAGAAAAAGGGUUCUGAGGUAUCUGAAGCAGGAUCAAAUCAAGUGGCUGUUGGAACAACGACUAUGAUGCGGGAAUAUGAAUACAUUUGUGUCACUCCAGCUGAACUCAAAUUCCCAAUGGCAACCACCAAUCAGAAGACAAUUACCUUGAAAAACGUGUCUCGCAAACGUAUGAUGUUCAAGAUCAAAUCAUCUUCGACUAAUACUUACUUGAAAGUUUCAAAACGUUAUUCCUUAAUUACUUUCUCAAGUUUCAGGAUAAAUCCAGUGUUCGGAAAAAUCGAUUCUGGUAGUUCCCUCGAUGUGAUCAUCACUCACAGACCAUCUGGUGCACGGGAGGAUAAACUGGUGAUUAUGUCAACGGAAUUUAUUGGAGGAGAAAAUGGAAUUGCUGACAAUUUUAAGAUGGUUGAAGAAAAUGCGAUUACUACUGAAGUACGGCUUUUUGCUGUUUGAAU